AUGGUGUGGCGCUGGACGCCAUUUGGUGCGCCUGCUCCCGAAACGGCCAAUACGAUGUCGCCCUUAUUUUCGAGCUUUGAGCUGCAGGCGCAUUAUAUCGCGGGCCAGCCGGCGCGUGCGAUGGAACUCAUGCGCCGCAUGAGUGCCAAUUUCAUGCUCGACGACCCGUGCAUAGCCAAUAGCACGUUCAUCGAAGGUUACGCGAGCGACAGGAUGCUGCACUACGCACCAUACGAUGACGAUGCGCGCAUCAGCCAUGCACACGGCUGGGCCACGGGCCCGACCAGCGCGCUGACCUUCCACGUGGCAGGGUUGAGCAUAGUGAGCACUCAGGGAAAGACAUGGGUGUUAAAACCGAGCCCCGGAGAUCUGGAAUGGGUAGGGGCUGGAUUCACGACUGGCCCGGGAACUUUCGCUGCGAAGUACGAACUGAACGGUGAUGGCUGGCCGUACUGGUUCCAGACACCAGAGGGGACAAGCGGAUCGUUGAGCGUGGAGACCCCGAACGCAUGGGGGUGCUAA